AUGCGUGCAGCUGGCCUGGAUCCGAGUUUGGAGACCUACGAAGCUGUCUUGAAGGCCUGGAGCGAGCUGCAGCUUCCCGACAUGCGAAAGAAGUUGGAACAGUCCUGGAUCCAAGGGCUGAAGGCCAACGGAACGAAGGUGAGCCGAGAUGUCUACAAGACACUCAUGCGGGCGUCCAAGAGCGACAUUCGAUCGAUGGAAGAAUGGAUGAACCAAAUGCAGAUGGCUGGACAUUGGGUCGGCGUGUACGAGUACAACAACCUACUUCAGGCUUGUGAAAGUGCGAUCGACUAUCGCUCAGCGGAGAAAUGGUUUGACAGGAUGACGCAGGCCAAUGUCACGGCGAAUGCCGUGUCUUACAACUUGAUCAUCAAGACCAUGGCCAAGGCCGGACAGCCCAAGAAGGCCAAGCAAUGGGGACGCAGAAUGGAGCAAGCAGGUCUUCUUUCAUCGAAGACUUUGCAGUUUGAGUUGGUUGUGAAGAGCUUGCUUCAGACCAGCCAAAAUUCAGCGGACUACAUCGCUGGAUGGGCGGCAAAAGCAAAUGAGCUGAAGAAGGACAUGAAUGCCUCGGUCUAUCACAACGUCAUGCGGGCCUACUUCCUGGAGAACAAGCCAGAGGAAGCCAGCUGUGCCGGCUUAGCAAAGUUUAUUGCGGUUCCCGGCGCAACCAUUGCAGCACACCCCAACGCCGAGAAGGAAGCAGCAAUGGCGCAGCAAGUGCAGCUUUCCGAUUUCGAGAUGGGCCGCACCCUUGGUUGCGGCUCCUUCGGGCGGGAUGGGAAGUAUUAUGCAGUGAAGUUCAUGAAGAAGCACGAGAUCAUCAAGCUAAAGCAGGUGGAUCAUAUCAACAACGAGAAGAGGCUCAUGGCGCAGAUUUCUUACCCUUUCAUUGUGAACAUGAUGGGCUAUUGCAAAGAUGAACACUUCGUUUACAUCGUCAUGGAAUCGAUCAACGGUGGGGAGCUCUUUACACAUCUGCGCCGUGCACGCAAGUUCUCCGAUGAGCAGUCCAAAUUCUAUGCCUUGCAAACCGCAGCAGCCUUCGCACACAUCCACAGCAAGAACAUCAUUCAUCGCGACUUGAAACCGGAGAACAUCCUCCUCCUUUCCAAUGGCUACUCCAAGUUGACGGAUUUCGGCUUCGCGAAGAUCAUCGAGCCCGGCACCCGAACCUACACCCUUUGUGGCACCCCAGAGUACAUAGCACCCGAGGUCUUGCUGAACAAAGGCCACGGCAAACCGGUUGACUGGUGGACUUUGGGCAUUCUGAUCUAUGAGAUGAUCUGCGGGCAGCCUCCCUUCUGUGAUGAAGACCCCAUGGGGAUUUACCAGAAGAUCCUGGCAGGAAAGGUCUACUUCCCCAAGUAUUUCGACAAGAACGCCAAGGCUCUGGUCAAGAAGCUCUUGGUGGCUGACCUGAGCAAGCGCUUCGGGAACUUGAAAGAUGGCUCGGCGGAUAUUCUCAAGCACAAGUGGUUUGAGUCCUAUGAGCUGGCCAAGUUGGAGAACUUCGAGGUUCCUGCACCCUACAAGCCCAACAUGAAGGAUGAGAACGACACCUCCAACUAUGAGGACAUCCCUGACUCCAAAGAGUUGCCUCCACCGGUGUCCGCCUCUCAGGACCCUUUCUUGGACUGGUGA